GCCCCACCCUCGCGCAUACGCAGACUCGCUCUCAUUGGUGGAGAGAGCAAGCAGACUCGCGCCAGUUUUUGCAGCUGCCCUCGAGACCGUGUUGCAUCUCCAGUCAGUAAAACGUUUCCUGUGUAAAAUAUACACGGAUUUAUUUUACAAACGUGACUAUUUCACAUUUUCGCGAUAAACAUGGCACCGAAGGAUUAUAUGGCGGAGAAGGAUAAAUGCAAGCGCUUCCUGCAGGAGUUCUACAGCGAGGAUGACUCCGGGAAGAAGGUGUUCAAAUACGGCGCUCAGCUGGUGUCGUUGGCGCACCGCGAGCAGGUGGCGCUGGUGGUGGAUCUGGACGAUGUGGCGGAGGAAGACCCUGAGCUGGUGGAGAGCGUGUGUGAAAAUGCCAAACGUUACACCGGACUGUUUGCGGAUGCGGUUCACGAGCUGCUGCCUGAAUACAGAGAGCGGGAGGUCGUGGCGAAGGAUGCCUUGGACGUUUAUAUCGAGCACCGGCUGAUGAUGGAGACCAGAGGUCGUGAUCCCGCAGACACGCGUGACGCCCGGAACCAGUAUCCAUCUGAACUCAUGCGCAGAUUUGAGGUUUAUUUCCGUCCUCCAUCCACACUGAAGCCCAAGGUGGUGCGUGACGUGAAGGCCGACAGCAUCGGUCAGCUGGUGACCGUCAGGGGAAUCGUCACCAGAGCCACGGAGGUUAAACCCAUGAUGGCCGUGGCCACAUACACCUGCGAUCAGUGCGGAGCCGAGACCUACCAGCCGAUCGCUUCUCCGAGCUUCACGCCGCUCAUCAUGUGUCCCAGUCAGGAGUGCGUCACCAACAAAUCUGGAGGACGGCUGUACCUUCAGACACGCGGCUCAAAGUUCAUCAAGUUCCAGGAGUUGCGCAUUCAGGAGCAUAGCGAUCAGGUGCCGGUGGGAAACAUUCCUCGCAGCAUGACCAUUUACGCCCGCGGAGAGAACACGCGUGUGGCGCAGCCUGGAGAUCACGUGGCUGUUUCUGGAAUAUUCCUUCCUCUGCUGCGCUCUGGAUUCAGACAGGCUGUACAGGGUCUGUUGUCAGAGACGUAUCUGGAGUGUCACUGCAUCACUUUGAUGAAUAAGACAGAGGAUGAUGAGCUGGGAACUGAAGAGCUGAGUGAUGAAGAGCUACGGCAGAUCACGGAGGAGGACUUCUAUGAGAAGCUGGCGGGAUCCAUUGCUCCAGAGAUUUACGGUCAUGAGGAUGUGAAGAAGGCUCUGCUGCUGCUGCUGGUCGGUGGUGUGGAGCAGGCGCCGCGCGGGAUGAAGAUCAGGGGGAACAUUAACAUCUGUCUGAUGGGUGAUCCGGGUGUGGCAAAGUCUCAGCUGCUGUCCUACAUCGACCGUCUCGCCCCUCGCAGUCAGUACACGACCGGCCGCGGCUCGUCCGGCGUGGGUCUGACGGCAGCGGUGAUGCGUGACCCGGUCACGGGCGAGAUGACGCUGGAGGGCGGCGCUUUGGUUCUGGCCGAUCUGGGCGUGUGCUGCAUCGACGAGUUCGAUAAGAUGGCUGACGGCGACCGCACGGCCAUUCACGAGGUCAUGGAGCAGCAGACCAUCUCCAUCGCCAAGGCCGGCAUCAUGACGUCUUUGAACGCGCGCUGUUCGAUCUUGGCUGCGGCGAACCCGGCGUACGGCCGCUACAACCCUCGCAAAACCAUCGAGCAGAACAUCCAGCUGCCGGCCGCGCUGCUGUCCCGCUUCGACCUGCUGUGGCUCAUUCAGGACAAACCCGAUACGGACAACGACCUGCGGCUGGCGCAGCACAUCACAUACGUGCACCAACACUGCAAGCAGCCGCCAACUCACUUCAACCCCAUCGACAUGAAGCUCAUGAGGCGUUACAUCAGCAAGUGUAAGCAGAAGCAGCCGGUGGUUCCAGAGUCUCUGUCUGAUUACAUCACAGCCGCGUAUGUAGAAAUGAGGAAAGAGGCGCGAGUCAGUAAAGACACGACGUUCACCUCGGCCCGAACGCUGCUGUCCAUCCUGCGCCUCUCCACUGCCCUGGCUCGUUUGCGGAUGGUGGAUGGUGUAGAGAAAGAGGAUGUUAAUGAGGCCAUGCGACUGAUGGAGAUGAGCAAAGACUCGCUGCAGGCCGACAAGACCAACAACACCAGGGCGCAGCGUCCGGCUGACGUCAUCUUCUCUCUGCUGCGUGAGCUGGCCGGCGAGGGCUCCGUGAGGUCUGUUCGUAUGGCCGAGGCGGAGCAGCGCUGCGUGUCUCGUGGUUUCACUCCAGCACAGUUCCAGGCCGCUCUGGACGAGUACGAGGAGCUGAACGUGUGGCAGAUAAACCAGGCGCGUUCACGCGUCACGUUUGUGUGAACAAACGCAACGAACAGAGUGACUGUACAUGAUCUGAUGCAUUUGAACCUUUCCGUCUGGUGUUGUGAUGUGGAGGAGCAAGUUUUGUUUGUUUUGCUUUUAAAUCUGUUAAAUCCCUGAAAUAAAUGCUGUAAAUAGAUUAA